CCCCCCCCCCCCCCGGUGCCUAGAACGGGGCUCGCCCCGUAGCGAGAGCUUGACGGAGAUGGUCGUCGUUAGGACCGCGAACGUGUAUCGCCGCCUGCGGGGAUCGGAGAUGUCGACGCCGGGGAGAUGGUGUACCGACGGAGGCCGCGGGCUCCGCGAUCCCUCCCGCUCCCGAGUAGGGAGAAUGACCCCUCGGCCGCACCGUUGCCACGGUUACCCGAAACGCCCGCCACGGUCUCCGUUUGUUUCUUCCUGACGUCAUAAUCUUCCCCGAGCCUCGGUUCCAAAGCGGUCCCCCAUUUCCUCACCGCCUCCGGGCAACGCCGACCUGUUUCUUCUCCCCGCCGACGCCCGGCUCUCCGAGGCCCUGCCGCCGCGCCUUCUGAGACGGGAGGCGAGGCCGGAGACCGCCGCCGGGGCGGAGGAGCGGAGUCGGCGGCCGGAGGAUGCCCGCCCCUCUCCACCCGGGCCGCCCUGGGCCGCGGACGGAGCCGCUCGUCUGAACGGAGCCGAGCGUUGACCGGCCGUCCCCGGGGAGCUCCGCCGACCUGCGGGCGGAGAAGGGAAGAUGAAGAACGAAAUCGCCGCGGUGGUCUUCUUCUUCACCAAGCUGGUCCGCAAGAACGACAAGCUGGGCAAGGAGGCCGUGGAGCGCUUCGCCGAGAAGCUGACCGUGAUUCUCCAGGAAAAAUACGAAAACCACUGGUACCCGGAGAAGCCCUCCAAAGGGCAGGCCUACAGGUGCAUCCGCGUCAACAGGUUCCAGAGAGUGGACCCGGACGUGCUGAAAGCCUGCGAGAACAGCCGCAUCCUGUACAGCGACCUGGACCUGCCCCGGGAGCUGACGCUCUGGGUGGACCCGUGCGAGGUGUGCUGCAGGUACGGGGAGAAAAACAACGCGUUCGUCGUGGCCAGCUUCCAGAGCGGGGACGAGAACAAGGAUGAGAUCUCCAAGAAAGUGACCAGCGCCGUGGACAAGGUCACCUCGGACUACCACUCGGGCUCGUCCUCGGACGAAGAGGGCCGCAAGGAGGCCGCCCGCCCGGCCCGGGCCCCCGAGGCGUCCCGGCCGGCGGCCACCCCGAGCCCCCUGCCCCAGCGCGGGCCGGCGACCUCCCGUCGGGGAUUCGGCCCCCCCCAGGGCCCCCACCCGCCGCCCUUCCCGCCGGGCUACCCGCACCCGGGCGGGAGGAGCCAGGCCUACCGCCCGGGGCCGCGGGCGCCUCCCGCUCCGCGAGGGGAGCCCCGACCCUUCUGGCCGAGCCCCCAGAUGGCGGCGCCCCCUCGGCGGUAGCCCGCCCCGGACGGCGGGAUCCCCCGGCCAAUAAAAAAGCAAGCCGGUUCGAGGUUUGAGCAGAACGGCCGUGA